AGACCGGAUGCACCCUCUGCGCAUGCUCAGCAGCUGUCGGUGCAGUGACAGUGAUCCUCGCAUCCUGUUGUUGUUGUUUGUUUUUGUUGUUUCGGUCUCCGGUUAGAACGAUGGCCGGCACCGCGCUGAAGAGACUCAUGGCCGAGUACAAACAACUCACCCUGAACCCACCUGAAGGCAUCGUGGCAGGUCCGGCCAACGAGGAGAACUUUUUUGAGUGGGAGGCCCUGAUCAUGGGUCCCCAGGACACGUGUUUUGAAGGCGGGGUGUUUCCUGCCGUCCUCAGCUUCCCCUCUGAUUAUCCUCUCAGUCCUCCUAAGAUGAGGUUCACCUGUGACAUGUUCCACCCCAACAUCUACCCAGAUGGUCGGGUCUGCAUCUCCAUCCUUCAUGCUCCUGGAGAUGACCCCAUGGGUUAUGAGAGCAGCGCAGAGAGAUGGAGUCCAGUCCAGAGUGUGGAGAAGAUCCUGCUGUCUGUGGUCAGCAUGCUGGCAGAACCUAACGAUGAGAGUGGAGCUAACGUGGAUGCGUCUAAGAUGUGGCGUGAGGACAGAGAACAGUUCUACAGACUGGCUCAGAAGAUCGUACGCAAGUCUCUGGGCCUGUAGUGAUGAUGUCAUCAUGAUGAUGAUGUCAGACUGCUGCGUGUACACAGACUCAUCACCAUGGAAACCAGCGACACGCACCUCUCACGGACCAGUGAACCGACGAACGGCUGGGAGCCAGUCACAUCACUGGAACCAGUUGGCUGGGGUCGUGUGAUCAUCGUGACAUCAUCACCUGCAGAGUUUCAGUUCGACGGCAGCAAACAUGCAGACGUUCUACAAGUUCUAGACGUUCUACACGUUCUAGAUGUUCUACAUGUUCUAGACGUUCUACAAGUUCUAGACGUUCUACACGUUCUAGAUGUUCUACACGUUCUACAUGCUCUAGACGUUCUACACGUUCUAGAUGUUCUACACGUUCUACAUGCUCUAGACGUUCUACACGUUCUAGAUGUUCUACACGUUCUAGAUGUUCUAUAUGUUCUAGACAUUAGAUCCACAGUCUGGUUCUGACUCAGUAAAAUGUUCUUCAGUAGAACAUUUUGUCUUGAUUUUCAUCAAACUAAUAGGAACCAACAGGACCCUGCUCCUCAACUCAAGUUUCCUGGUCCAUGGUUCCUGCUGGUUCCUGCAGGAACUUACAGUUUUGUUCUAUUGAUUCUUGUUGAUUUCUAUUAGCUCCUGCUGGUUCUGUUGGUUCCUGCUGGUUCUAUUGGUUCCUGCUGGUUCUAUUGGUUCCUGUUGGCUCCUGUUGGUUCUAUUGGUUCCUGUUGGUUGUAUUGGUUCCUGCUGGUUCCUGUUCAUUCUAUUGGUUCCUGAUGGUUCCUGAUGGUUCUGUUGGUUCCUGCUGGUUCCUGUUCCUUCUAUUGGUUCCUGCUGGUUCCUGUUCCUUCUAUUGGUUCCUGCUGGUUCCUGUUCCUUCUAUUGGUUCCUGCUGGUUCCUGAUGGUUCUGUUGGUUCCUGCUGGUUCCUGCUGGCUGUUCUUCUCUGAGGUGUUUGUUUCUGUUUGUUUGCUGCCGUUGCUAUGAAACCAUUUCUGAUCGACCAAUGAGGCGGCGUCUGAUUGGACAGAACUCGAUGCACUUUAUCUCCUCCUGAGGAUCGUCGUACUCUGAGGUUUGCUUCCAGGUUCUUUAAUUAGUUUCAACGUCAUUAAAACCACAGAGGAAGAGCAAGAGCUGUGAUUGGUCGAAUUCUUUGGUUGUUUUUAUGAAGCAGCAGAGAGGCGCUGGAAGUCAUUAAAGCAGAUUGUUCUGUUUCUUAUAAAUAAUAAAAAAAAAACACCAUCUGAUCAGAAGACAAAAUAAAAACACAGAAGAGCUCAUAAUAAAUAAUUAAAAUUCA